ACAAAAACCAUCUGAAAUCAAAGCCGCUGAAAACGCACCGCACCUCACCACUGAACAAAACCCAUAAAAAAAAAAUUACUGAAAUUGCUUCUAAACCCUAAUAAUUUCAUUCAAUGAUUUGCAGCAGCAGCAGCAGAAUAAAACUUGUAAACAGUAGGAUCAGACAUCUUCAAUGUUUCAUUUUCUCACCCCUUUACACAGGAGGAAAACGAUAUAUUGGUCAUUCGGUCAAUUCAUCUUUAAAAUGCAGUAAAAUUAGCAUUGAAAAAUCGUCAUUAGCAACCAACUUAGCAUCCUUGGUUCAAGAGGCCUCUUUAAUUGACGAUGAAAAGAAACCUUUGACCCGAUUAGAUUUAAAGAGGUUUCUCGAGUUUCGUAUAAAGAAAAGGGUAAAGGAUCAAUAUAGGAACGGAAAGUUUCAUAGUUUGUUUGAAAAAGUCAUUGCUAAUCCUUAUACUCUUCAAGACGCCUAUAAUAGUAUUCGGGUUAACUCUAACGUUGACUUAGCAUCAGAGUGUGACGAUAUUAACUUUGAUUCGUUAGCAAAAGAAUUAUCUUUAGGGGAUUUUGAUAUCAGCUCUAACGUUUAUUCUAUUUCAACGAGGGGAGUGAAUAAGGAGACGUUAGUGCUUCCGAAUCUUAGUUUGAAUAUAGUUCAAGAAGCUGUUAGAAUAGCUUUGGAAGUUGUUUAUAAGCCUCAUUAUUCUAAAAUCUCACACGGGUGUCGAAGUGGAAGGGGUCAUUCAUCGGCUUUGAAGUACAUUCGUAAAGAAAUCUCAAAUGCCAAUUGGUGGUUCACGCUUGUACUUAACAAAAGACUUGACACUUGUAUUCUUUCUAAGCUUAUCUCGACAAUGGAGACCAAGAUCGAAGAUCCCAGAUUAUUUGGUAUAAUUCAUAGCAUGUUUGAAGCUGGUGUUUUGAACAUGGAAUUUGGAGGGUUUGCAAAAAGCCAUGGUUUACCACAAGAGGGCAUACUGUCUCCGGUCUUGAUGAAUAUAUAUCUUGAUAUGUUUGAUACUGAAAUCCGUAAUUUGUCAAUGAAACAUGAAGUUAUUGACCCUGCAGAUGAUAGUCAAUGUGAUGGGUCAGAGUCAAAGUCAAAGCUGCGCAGCUGGUUUAGGAGACAAAUUGACCAUGGUCAUAGAAAUGAAGAAGUUUUGUCGGGGGUUAGGGUACAUUGCUGUCGGUUAAUGGAUGAAAUUCUUGUAGUCAUGAAGGGUUCCAAAGAAGUGAGUUUGACUUUAAAGUCUGAGAUAGAAACCUACAUUCGGGAAUCUCUUUAUCUGGAUUUUGAUAGUAAGACAGCUAUCCUACAUUGUAAUGAUUCUCGAGGUGUUCAAUUUAUUGGCAAGAUUAUCAAGAGGAAUGUGAAAGAUAGUCCUGCAGUCAGAGCGGUUCACAAGUUGAAGGAAAAAGUUGAGUUAUUUGCGUUACAAAAACAAGAGGCAUGGGAUGAGGGGACAGUCAGAAUUGGUAAAAAAGUGUUGGGUCAUGGAUUCAAGAGAGUUAAAGAAUCAGAAAUCAAACAUCUUGCUGACAGUGGUUCAGUUCUGAGCCAGGUGUCGCAUUUUCGUAAACAAGGAAUGGAAACCGAUCAUUGGUAUAAAGUCUUACUAAAAGUAUGGAUGCAACACAUAGAUGUGAAAUCUACCGAGACCGAAGAAAGUAUUAUAUCCAAGUUUAUCGCUGAAGAAGCAUUACCUAAUGACCUAAAAGAUUCGUUUUAUACGUUUCAAAACCAUGCCAAAAAUUAUGUUUCUUCCGAGACUAAAUCUACUCUUAGCCUUUUGCCUGAAUCUAGCAACUCUUCUGAGUCAUAUUCCAUCACAGAAGUUAUUGCCCCAUUGAAGCCUAUACGAAUGUGUCUCCAACGAUACGGAAUAAUCAACUCUGAAGGGUACCCACGUGCUUGUCAAAUGCUUCUUUUACUAGAUCAUGAUCAUAUUAUCGAUUGGUUCUCGGGUUUAGUUUAUCGGUGGCUUAGAUGGUAUAGUUUAUGUGAUAACUUUGUUGAAGUAAAGCUAAUUAUUACUGAAAAAGUUAGGAAAUCUUGUAUUCGUACACUAGCAACAAAGUAUAGAUUACAUGAGUCUGAGAUAGAGCGGAAAUUUGACUCGGAUUUGAACAGAAUCCCAUUAACUGAAGAUUUUGAAAAUGAUUUUGUCAAUGAUAUUUUGGAAAAACAGGAUGUUUCUUAUGAUGAAGGAUUACUGUAUGGGAUUCCCUAUAGCGGUUUGUGUGUACUAUCGUUGGCAAGAGCAGUAAGUAAAUCUCGACCUUGUACUUGCUUUGUAAUUGGGUGUAGGGCUGCUGCACCAUUUGUUUAUACUGUUCAUGUUAUGCAAAGACAAAAGUUUCCUGUUUGGAAAACGGGAUUUUCGAGCAGUAUUCAUCCAAGUUUACAUGGGAGGAGGAUUGGGUUAUGUAAGCAGCAUUUGAAGGAUCUGUUUUUGUGUCAGAUAUCUCUUCAAUCUAUCUCAUUUGGUUCAUGGAAAUGAAAUAUCAUUCUGUAAAGGCUGCGUAGGACAAGAGGAAUACAUUGUUUCCCUACUGAGUGUGUGCUACAGUGAUCUACUUGGAUGGUAGGAGGGCUGCUAGAAUAGCCACGAAUGAAUUCUUCCUGCACUGAUCUACUUGGAUGGUACCCUAUACACUGUAUUUUUAUAUCUCAACAUCAACAUUUAUAAAAAUGGCCUUCCUUGGGUCUCGAUUCAUUCAAGCAAAGCAAGUUCUUCGAAGAUCAUUAUCGAAAGGAAGAAGCACAAUAUCAACAGUCAUCCCUAAAGGCUAUCUAGCAGUUUAUGUUGGGGAGCAAUAAAGAAAGAGGUUUGUGGUUCCAGUUUCAUUGUUAAGCCAACCCCCAUUUCAAGAGCUACUCCGCCAGUCAGAGGAAGCAUUCGGGUAUGAACAUCCGAUGGGUGGCCUCACAAUCCCAUGUAGUCAAGAUAUGUUCAUUGACGUUGCUGCUCGUUUGGGUGUACUAUGAAUUGGAUAAUAAAUCAUUUUUGCUAGAAAUAGUAAAUGUAUAAUGAACCACUAGGACCAUUGGUAGGUAAAUUGGUAAAUAGAUACUUGUAUGAGUUGUAGGAAAUUCAAAGUUCAAAUCAUCUAUGUUAUGGAUUAAUAGAGUUAAUUAUAUUCUUCAUCUAGUUUAUGAUA